UCCAGCUCCUCCAGGGGCUGCUCUCCAUGGCCACGAGUUGCUCCAGGCUCCUUGGUGCUGCUGCCUUUGCCCCUGGAGUGUCCUGGGAACCUUGCACGGCUUUUGACCAACCUCAGAACAGUUUUCUCCUUUGUGAAUGAAUCAGGAGAACUUUAUGGGAGAAUAAACAUCCCUCUGGCUUGGAACUUGCAUUCUUCCCAGAAUGAAGGAGGGCAUACAGCUCCUGCUCCUGGCCAGCUUUAUCCUCUGCCUCCCAAAAGAGAGCAUCUGUGCUACCCGGAGAUACUACAUUGGGGCUGUUGAGCUGGACUGGGACUAUAGGAGAAGUGAGCUGCUCAACGCUCUCAGCUUGGAUCAAGGAUUUCCUCCAAGAGUCCCAAAGUCAUUUGCAUCUGAUGGCUCCACUCUGUAUAAAAAGGCCGUGUUUGCAGAAUACACAGAUAGCCGCUUUCUCCAAGCCAAGCCCAGAGCACCGUGGAUGGGUCUCCUGGGUCCCACCAUUCGGGCAGAAGUCUAUGACACUGUGGUUAUUACACUGAAGAACAUGGCUUCCCAUCCAGUCAGCCUUCAUGCUAUUGGUAUAUCCUACUGGAAGGCCUCAGAGGGGGCCAGGUACAAUGACCAGACCAAUUACAUGGAGAAGCGAGAUGAUAAAGUAGCCCCAGGUGCCAGCUACACGUAUGUCUGGCAUGUCCUAAAAGAGAACAGUCCUAUGGACCAUGACCCACCAUGUCUUACCUACUCCUAUCUCUCCCACGUUGAUACUGUAAAGGACCUGAACACAGGCUUGAUUGGGGCUCUGCUGGUCUGUAAAGAAGGAAGUCUGAAAAGAGAUGGGACACAGCACUUGCAAGACUUUGUGCUGCUCUUUGCUGUUUUUGAUGAAGGGAAAAGUUGGCAUUCAGAACCAGAUGGGCCCAAGACACAGGCUCAGGCGUACCAGUCCAAAAAAUUGUACUCUAAAUUUCACACCAUCAAUGGCUAUGUGAAUGGGUCUUUGCCAGAUCUGCUAGUGUGUCACAGGAAGUUGGUCCAUUGGCAUGUGAUUGGGAUGGGCACUGCUCCCGAAGUCCACUCAAUUUUUCUGGAAAACCAUACAUUCCUUGUGAGAAAUCACCGCCUUACCUCUCUGGAAAUCUCUCCAGCCACCUUUCUCACUGCUCAGACACUGCCUAUGGACACUGGUCAGUUCCUGAUGUUUUGCCAGAUCUCAUCUCACCAACAUGAUGGCAUGGAAGCCUAUGUCCAUGUGGAAGCCUGUCCUGCGGAGCCCCAGGUCCAGAGGGAGAGCCCUUCAGAGGCCUACUAUGAUGAUUAUGAGCAGGACACUGAGGUGUUCCUGUUGGCUGAUGCCAGUGAUUCUCCCUUCCUCCAAGCACGCUCAGUGGCCAAGAAGCACCCCAAAGCAUGGCUCCAUUACAUUGCAGUACAAGAGGCAGACUGGGACUAUGCACCUGCAGCCCUUGUUGACCCUUCAGUCAGAGGUUCCAAAAGUCACCAUCUGAACAGUUAUCCUCAGUGGCUUGGCAGGAAGUAUAAGAAAGCCCGAUACAUGGCCUACACAGAUGAAACUUUCAAGACUCCUCAGUCUAGUCAACACGAAUCAGGCAUAUUGGGACCUUUGCUUUAUGGAGAAGUUGGGGACACACUGUUGAUCAUAUUCAAAAACUUAGCAAGCAGGCCAUACAACAUAUACCCUCACGGCCUCACCGGUGUCAGUCCUUUGCACUCAGGGAGACUGCCUAAAGGUGUGAAAGAUGUCAAGGAUGUGCCGAUCAUGCCAGGCCAGACAUUCAAAUAUAAAUGGGAAGUAACUUUGGAGGAUGGGCCAACUCAAGCAGAUCCCAGAUGCCUGACUAGGUACUACUCCAGCUCUAUCAAUGCAGAACGAGACCUGGCUUCGGGCCUCAUUGGGCCCCUCCUCAUAUGCCAUAAAGAAACUGUGGAUCAAAGAGGGAAUCAGAUGAUGUCAGACAAGAGGAAUGUACUUCUCUUCUCCAUCUUUGAUGAGAACCGCAGCUGGUACUUGCCAGAAAACAUGCAGCGGCUCAGCCUGGAUGCAGCUGAAGUGCACCCCCAGGAUCCUGAGUUCUAUGCCUCCAAUGUCAUGCACAGUAUCAAUGGCUACGUGUUCAACAGCUUACACCUUGCUGCCUGUUUACACGAGGUGGCCUACUGGCACAUACUCAGCGUUGGAGCCCAGACCGAUUUCCUGUCUGUCUUCUUUUCUGGCUACACCUUUAAGCACAAGAUGGUCUUUGAAGACACGCUCACCCUCUUCCCAUUUUCUGGGGAUACUGUCUACAUGGCCAUGGAUAAUCCAGGUACAUGGAUGCUAGGCUGCCACAACCCUGAAUUUAGGAACAGAGGCAUGACAGCCUUGCUGAAGGUCACAACUUGCACCAGGGAUCCUGAGGAUUCUCAGGAGUACUAUGAUGAGCUACCAGCUGACUUGAGGAAAGACAGCUUCCUGGAGCCCAGAAGCUUAAGGAACAUUCAGCCUCGGCACCCAUGCCCCAACAAGCUGCCCUCCCCAAGCACCACAGCAUCCAAAUCUGACCCUGUGGAAGUCUACUCCCACCACCAGGAGGAGAGCCAGGUGCCCAAGUCACAAAAACUGAUGCCUGGUGAUACACCAGUGCCUUCCAAGCACUGCCUGGCUGAUCCAGGUAAUCUAUUCCAACCAGGUCUGGAAGAUACAACCUAUGAGCCUCUUCCUGUGGACCAUCUCCCUGGGUCAAGAGAGCAAAGUAGCCAGGAGCCAGGCAGGGUACAAAAGCUCAGGAAGCCAACUGAAUCCCUUCGUUUAAAUCAAACAUUUCAGCACCAUGGGAUUGGGUCAUCGAUUCCACUUACACUGCCUGGCCUCCAACCCAAAAGCAGUAAGCCCACAUGGGGGCGUUUGCAGGUACCCAUCAGAGUAGCCAUGAGGAAGAAGGAUUCUGAGCUUCCCAGGUCCUCAGAGAACAUAACUCUUUCUCCAGCUCUUUUACCUUCUAACCUGAUGGCAGCAGCCCUAAGAGUGACUACUACACAGAUCCCUUUUGUUCAAUGGAAAGAGGCAGGGCCCAUUUCAAGACGUCCAGGCCCAAAGGGCCCUCCCCUAGCUGACAAAGCUAUACCCAUACAACUGAGGGACCCUAACCCCACUGACUCCAAGGCUUUAGAAGUGGCUUCAAAGGAUGAAAAAAUAGUUUUCCUAGAAAGCAAAGUGUCUUCCCUGCUGAAGGAUGGAGGACUACAAGAAACAAAUGCUCAAGAAGCCAGAGCAGCUCCUGAAGGAAAGGCCUUCAAACGGAACAUGUCCUUGGUCAGAUCAAAUAUGGCAGCUAGUGGCUCUAUAAGCCCUCCCAGGCUCCCUAUGGAUAGGCCAGUGGUACUGUAUGAAAACAGGCUGUCGAUCAGGAAAGAUAUUAUGUCAGUAAGAGAUACAGAGUCUCAUGAAAUGCCUUCUCAGGGUAACAGCAGCACUCUUCUAGAUGGGAAUGUAGCAGCUCCCAUGCCCCAUAAUCUGCCAACUGAUGUGAUGGUUCUGAGAAAAGAGCUCAUGGACCCCCCAAGAAAAAUACGCUCAGCCCCACUGGCUAUAGACAGUAUGAAGACUGCAUCACCUCACCAGGAAGACUUGUCUUUCUUUAGGAAAGUGUCACCACCAGAUUUGGAGAACAGUAAAAGUGCAAAUGAGAGAAAGGACUCCCAGACCCCUGAGACAAUGGUCUCAGCACUUGAGCUUUGGGACAAGAAGAAUCCCUUCACAGAAAAGAGCACAGUAGCAUCUGCAGAGAAGACAUUUACAAAUGAUCGUGACCUCAGAGGAGUGAGACUGAAGGACAACAGCAAGAAUGUGUGGCCUACUCAGUUAGACACUGUACAGGGGACUUAUACCCCAAGACAAAGACCACAGUUUCAAGAAGUAAUGGAAAGGAAGGAAACACCUGACUCAAGCAUCAAGGAGAACAGUACAUUAGAAGGAGGAAAUGAGAAUACACUUGAGCUAGUCUUACCAAACUCUCAACUGUUGACCAGCACGUUAAGUCAUCUGACAAGUGAUGCAGGGCUCCAGAAGACUCAUUUAUUUGCCAGGGAAGGAAUGAUACUUCAAAAGAAUGUGGAGGAAAUGAACUCAGAGAGUCGCACUUUAGACCAUCACAGAGAGCAAAGAGUGGAUAGAGACUCAAGUCCAAGUCAGAGGAGCCCUUCCCAGAUGGGCCUACUGCUGGAAGAGCUGGAAACAGGGAAUGAAGUAGAAGACAAGGCCACAGCAAUCCAAUGGUCGAAAAUAAGGCAAUUUAUGCUCCAAAGUAACACACCUAAGCCAGACUCUAGAGAAGUACAGAAAGCUGCCACUUCCCAUCUUCUCUUGUCCUACUGGCCUGUGAGUAGCCAAGGAGCCUCUAGGCCAGCUGACUACACAUUGUCUUCUCAAAAGGCUGAGGUAUUUCCAUCCCCAAGCCCUACCCAGUUGGUUCUAUCCUCUUCUUACACUGACUCAUCUCAACUCCAGUCAACAGACCACAUGAACAACCUCAAGGAAAGAAGCCAUGCAACUCAAGAAGGCAGUUGGGCUAUGAACACAAUCAAAGAAAGUGAUGUUACUUUAGACACCCUCAACUUAGAGCCUUCAGAAGGCCAAGAGGUCAGUAGCGCCCAGGGAGAGAUGACUUCUCUCCAAAGACAUCAUGGUAAGCCUGUACAUCAAGAAGUCCCGCCUGACAUAGACACUAAGUCAGAGACACAGGUGGCUCCACAUUCAAGUAUCAUUGACCACCCACGUCAUUUAGCAGAGGGCAUCUCUCUUAGAGCACAGGCAGCCACUGAAUCUAGUAAAGGGAUGAGGUCAGAGGAAGUGGCCUUAGUAAAAGGGGAAGCCAAAGCCUUAGCAAGGCCUUUCCCAAAGGAAAUGUAUCCUUUUUUCUCGUCUAGCCAUACUGCCAACCAGAUGUUCACAGGAGAGGAAUGGAAAUCCCAAGAUCAUCAGCCAGAAGAUCAAGCUUUUCCCAAAACAGACACUAUUCCGCACCCAAGCCUAUUCAAGAGAGGGGAGAAACUAACAGAAGGAACGAGUCAGGAACAAGCUGAGCCCCCUUCCACUUUGGGCCUCAAUUCUUCUGAGAGCCCUCAACAGCCAUUUGCCCUGAAUUUCCUUCCAAGGGAAACAGUCCCGACUUCUGUCCAGUCAGAGACAGAAAAAGACAGCUAUGAUGACAGCAGCCUGGAAAUUCAAGUGGAAGAUUUCGAUAUCUAUGAAGAUAGUAAGAGCCAGGGGCCUCGCAGUUUCCAGAAACGAACUCGCCACUACUUCAUUGCUGCCCAGGAAAAAAUCUGGGACUAUGGGCUCAACAAAUCUCCCCAUUUCCUAGGAGGCCGGGUGCAGAAUGACAGUGUCUGGAAAUAUAAGAAAGUGGUUUUCCAGGAGUUUGCUGAUCGUUCCUUUCUGGAGCCUCUAGAUCGUGGGGAGCUGACUGAACACCUGGGACUCCUGGGGCCAUAUAUCAGAGCAGAAGUUGAAGACUAUAUUGUGGUCACUUUCAAGAACCAGGCUUCUCGGCCUUACUCCUUCUAUUCUAGCCUCAUUUCCUAUGAGGAACAUCAUGGGCAAGAAAGUGACUUUAGAAAGAAAGAGGUGAAACCUGAAGAGACUAAAACCUAUUCUUGGAAGGUGGAACCCCAUAUGGCACCUACUGACAAGGAGUUUGACUGUAAAGCCUGGGCUUAUUUUUCUGAUGUGGACCUGGAAAAAGAUCUACACUCAGGGUUGAUUGGGCCAAUACUGAUCUGUCACCCUAACAAACUGAACCCAUCUCAUGGCAGACAGUUGACUGUUCAGGAAUUUACUCUGUUCUUCACCAUCUUUGAUGAGACCAAGAGCUGGUAUUUCACUGAGAACAUGGAGAGGAACUGCAGGCCUCCAUGCAAGGUCCAGAUGGAUGACCCCGGUUUUCAAAGGAAUAAUCGCUUCCAUGCAAUCAAUGGUUAUGUGAAAGAUACAUUGCCUGGACUGGUGAUGGCUCAGCACCAAAGGAUCCGGUGGUAUCUGCUUAGCAUGGGCAGCAGUGAAAAUAUCUACUCUAUUCACUUCAGUGGCCAAGUGUUCACUGUGCGGACAAAGAAAGAAUAUAAAAUGGCCGUCUACAACCUCUAUCCUGGUGUUUUUGAGACAGUAGAAAUGCAGCCAUCUCAAGUAGGACUGUGGCGGGUUGAGUGCAUGAUUGGAGAGCACCAGCAGGCUGGGAUGAGUGCCAUCUUACUGGUGUACAACAAGCAGUGUCGGAAUGCUCUAGGAAUGGCCUCUGGCCAGAUAGCUGAUUCUCAGAUCACAGCUUCUGGACAAUAUGGUCAGUGGGCCCCAAAGCUGGCCAGACUUAAUUCUGCCGGGUCUAUCAAUGCCUGGAGCACCCAGGAUGCCAAUCCUUGGAUUGAGGUUGACCUGUUGGAGCCAAUGAUUAUCCAUGGUAUCAAGACCCAAGGAGCCCGACAGAAAUUCUCCAGCCUCUACAUCUCUCAGUUUACCAUCAGGCACAGUCUUGAUGGACAAACAUGGAAGGAUUACAGAGGAAACUCUACUGGGACCAUGAUGGUCUUCUUUGGGAAUGUAGAUGCAUCAGGGAUCAAAGAAAAUGUGUUUGACCCUCCCAUCAUCACCCGGUACAUCCGCCUCCAACCCUCCCACUUUAGCGUGCGCAGCACUCUGCGAAUGGAGCUGCUUGGCUGUGAGCUGAACAGCUGUAGCCUACCAUUAGGCAUGGAAAAUCGAAGCAUCUCAGAUGCACAGGUCACAGCUUCAUCACACAAGGUCACCGUGUUUGCCAACUGGGCCCCUUCCCAAGCUCGACUUAACCUUGAGGGCCGAACCAAUGCCUGGAGGCCCCGGGAGAAUGGGCAGAGGGAAUGGCUGCAGGUGGACUUUUGGAAGCUCAUGAAAGUCACCGGAGUAACAACCCAGGGAGUGAAGUCCAUCCUUACCAGCAUGUAUGUGAAAGAGUUCUUGCUUUCCAGCAGCCAAGAUGGCAAACACUGGACCUUUUUUCGUCAGAAUAACAAAGUAAAGAUCUUCAAGGGGAAUCAGGAUCAUUCCAGCCCUGUGGUGAACCCUGUGGAGCCUCCGCUGUUUGCCAGACACCUGAGGAUUCACCCUUGGAGCUGGGCCAACCAUAUUGCUUUGAGGGUGGAGGUUCUAGGUUGUGACACUCAGCAGCUGUACUAAUGGGUUAGGCUUGGGAUGGGCUUUGCUCUGAAUAGCCCCUUCCCAUAACUUUCUCCUAACCCCUUCCCUUUCUAGUCCAUCACCCUGUUCUCUUCCCAACAUCUCAGCCACUCCUGCUAUUAGUAAUGCUGUGAUAGGAUUCAAAUCCUAUGGGUUAGGGAGACUUUCUGUGAUUCCUGACUAUCUCUUGGCCUGCCAUGGAGGUAAGAGAAAGGAAGGUGUCCUCCCUUUCCUAGCUUUAAUCUCUCUCCCUCUACUUUUGUCUCCCUGGGAGUAACAUGGAUCACACCCUGCCUCACCUAGAACAGGGCAGCUUGGUCAGAGGAACACCCCAGAUUGAGUAAAAGAAGCUGGCUCUGGAAUGGAGGGACUCUUUGUGGGGGGUGAAGGUGGAUUAUCUGUGACUAUUUCUAGCAUUCCAUUAAACCACACUGUCUCUGCAAA